GGCAGGGGGAGAGGAGCCGGGCGAGGAGGAGGAGGAGGAGGAGGAGGAGGAGGAGGAGGAGGGAAGGAGGGAAGGAGGGAAGGAGGGAGAGAGAGGAGGGGGAUGGAAAAAAAAAUAAUAAUAAAAGCAACGGCAACACAAAAAGCGAGCCCGGGGCGCCAGCAGUAACAGCCCCCCCCUCCCAGCCCCCCCAUUAACGCCGGGGCUAGAUGAACUACAAAUGAGAAAGAGGAAAAGAUGGAACUGCACAUCCUAGAGCACAGGCUCCGGGUGGCCAGCAUAGCCAAGGAGAGCAUCCAGCUCUUCACCUACGGAUUGAUCAAACUUGCCUUCCUCUCCUCCAAGACCAGGUGCAAGUUCUUCAGCCUCACGGAAACCCCAGAGGACUACACCAUCAUCGUGGAUGAAGAGGGCUUCCUAGAGCUCCCGUCCUCAGAACACUUGAGCGUGGCCGAUGCGACAUGGCUUGCCCUCAACGUGGUGUCUGGUGGAGGUGGCUUCUCUGGCUCCCAGCCCAUCGGUGUGACCAAAAUUGCCAAGUCAGUAAUAGCACCACUAGCUGACCAAAACAUCUCAGUGUUCAUGCUCUCCACCUAUCAGACGGACUUCAUCCUGGUACGUGAGCGAGACCUGCCCUUCGUCAUGCACACGCUGGCUGCCGAGUUCACCAUCCUCAGGGUAGUGAACGGGGAGACGGUGGCUGCCGAUGACCUUGGGAUAACAAAUGGAUUUGUCAAACCAAAACUGGUUCAGAGGCCUGUCAUUCAUCCCCUUUCCAGUCCGAGUAAUAUGUUCUGCGUCACCAGCCUGGAUCCAGAUACCCUUCCCACUGUUGCUACACUCCUAAUGGAUGUCAUGUUUUACUCCAAUGGAGUAAAAGACUCAGUGGUCGGCAACGAAGACUCGGGACACAUUCGCUUUUUCUCCUUUUCUCUCAUUGAGGGUUACAUCUCCUUGGUCAUGGAUGUCCAGACACAGCAGAGAUUUCCUAAUAAUUUGUUGUUUACAAGUGCAUCUGGCGAACUCUGGAAGAUGGUGCGGAUUGGUGGGCAGCCUCUUGGCUUCGAUGAAUGUGGAAUUGUCGCUCAGAUUUCUGAGCCUUUGGCCGCGGCCGACAUCCCAGCCUACUACAUCAGUACUUUUAAGUUUGAUCACGCGUUGGUACCUGAAGAAAAUAUAAACGGUGUGGUCAAUGCACUCCAAGUCAGUCAAGCUGAAAAGCAUUAGAAAUCUUCUGAGCUGGUUCCAGAUGCUUUUUAUUAUUAUUAUUAUUAUUAUUAUUAUUAUUCUUUUUUUCUCACAGUAUUUCUCGAAAAAAAUCUGAUUCCAGAGAGUGACAUGAAAAGAGACUGUGGAAAGUUGAGCAGAAACAGCUCCAAUAAGCCUUUGUUUUAAUUAUUAUUAUUAUUAUUAUUAUUGUUAUUUUAUUGAAUUUCUUUAUGAAUGAGGGGCAGGAGGAAAGGGAGUUCAGACAGUUUCCUGAGGCCCAGCCCCAAGGCAAAGGGCGACCUUUGGCGGUGUGGAAGGAGCGCCCCGGGGACACCGGUGUCUCCCUGAAAUGUGGCGGCACGGCUGCGGGCGCUCUGCCAAGGGCUUGGUGGCACGGCCAGAGCAGAGGGGCCAUAAACACUACGAAAUAUGGAAUUAAACGGAAAAGACGUCGCAUAGUGCUGGCUUGUCUCCUCACAUCAGCCUUUCUCUGAGGACCGUCUGUCGUUGCAUAUGUUGAGAUAGGAUGGGGACUGGGUUCUGUUUCCCCUGACAAAACUCUUUGGCGUUGGAAAAGGGGAGAGUAUCCUGUUGUCUGAGUUGUCCCCUUCUUUCCUUUCUCCUCGCAGUCAAAGCCUGGCUGCCUGGAGUAAGCCCGGGGUGGACAUGUUGCUCUGGCCUGCCUCCCAGGUGGUGCCACCACCUCUUUGUCUGCUUCGAAACCCGGCCAUUCUAGUUCAGUUUUCCCCAGCCACCCUCGGUGUCCUCCCAGUGUGUCCCCUGUGCUGGGGCAGCUGUUGUCCCCUCACCCCACGUCACAGCUGUCCCCUUGUCCCCCAGGGCCAGAAGAGGAGGAGGGAGGCUUCUCUUCUCACAUCCCCUCCGUUCCUUUCCCAUCCUAUUUUUGGACAUUCAUGGGGGCAUGAAGCAUUGCCCAGGGCCCCUCAGUAGCUGCUCCUCCCCUACCCCGCACAGCCUGGGCCAUCUUGUCCAAGACCCACAGCAGGUUGUCCCCUGCAGGGCCAGGAGGGUGCCCAAACCCUGCCAGGACCCUUCGGUGGGUUUUAUCAGCUCGUUCAUCACCAGGGUGGAAAUUGCUGCUGCCUGGGGACUCGAUUCCCAGGGUCUUUCCAUUGGGUUCAGGCCUUUGAAAGCCACACGGUGCUGAACGCUCCUGAAAAGCAAGGUGUUUUGUCUGGCCCCGCCACAGGCAGGUGACAUGGCUCUUCCCCUGGGGCAUGUUUGUGUCUGCCUCAUGUCACAGCUACAAGGUGGCAGGGCCAAAGUGCUGAGGUGCCACGGGGGACAGCGGUGACCAGCACCGGGAGAGCAAAUGGCACCCCGAGCAGAGAGAGGGGAGGCCACCUGCAGGCCUCUGCUUCUACAGCAAGGAGCCCGAGUAUUUCUUGUGUUCCUGGGCUUCUUCCUGUCUUUGACAUGAAGAAGUAGCAGUCUCAGAGUUUUAAUGAGGACUUACUGAAGAGACAGCCUCUAGCAUGGAUUUCGUGAGGCUGCAUCUCGCAGGGUUUUGCAUUAAGCUGCAGGCAGUACGCAAGCUCUUGGGAUUGCGCUGUGGGCAUGGUUUGUGUUGGUGUGUAGGACAAGCAGCCAGGUUUAUAGCAGGGUGCAGGACAUGCAGGCGCUCACCCUGGCGUACGGCUCACUGGUUAGUUCCCCCUUCGUGGCAUUGGAGGGCUGAGAUACAUUUGAGUUAUAUUUGUGCUUUCUGGUGCUGCUGGACCCAGACAUUGAGCUUCAAAUCCCUUUGUUUUCUGAUCAGUGUGGUGUUGUGUGGCAGCUGGGCAGGGAAUCGGAGCAUCCACAAACAGAAUCAUGGGUAACUUUUAUUUCUAGGCCCCAACUGCAUUAAAGCAUCCCGGCUGAGGAGCACUUGGGCACGUUUAAUGCUUUACCCAGCAGUGUGUUUCGCUGUUCCGUUACAUGGGUUUUCAGAGUUGCCGUGUGAUACCUAACAUUCACUCCAGAGUUCUGGACUAAAGGUAUAUUCCCGGUGUGGCACCAUGGAUGUUUGCUCAGAACGAUGCUUCGGUUUCCUGCCACAUGCCGUGAGGAUGCUGGCACAGGCCGUGUGGUGCAAUAUUAGAAAACAAAAACAAAAACA